GUUGUUUUAUGUAUUUUCAUCCCUGCCGUCUUUCUCAUUAUUCUUACCUCCUCCUCUUCAUUCUUGGGCUGCUUUAAAUUGACUUAGACAUAAUUGCUUCCAGCAGGCCUUUCUCUCGCUCCAUCACGCUGCUGUCUGUCAUGUGAUGAAGUAUGUUGUUAAUGGGAGGCUGUGCUUUGGCUCCGCGGAGGAAACCCUGGAAGGACACAAUCUUUGCAGUUUGAGCCCCGCGCGACUUGUGACUUGUUCAGCUAUGACAUCUUAAAUUGGUGCUCACACUACUCUGCUCUUCAGCGUGUUGGACUUCAUGACACCUUUCUUAAAUGGCCGAGGAGGUUUUGAUUCCACCGCCUGGAAAAAUAACAGCGCAUCUGACAGGCUCAUUGUUGGCCGUGGCUUUUCUUACUUCCUUUGGGAGUUCCAUGCUUUACGGAUACAAUUUGGCAGUAGUCAACUCUCCGGCUGUGUACAUUAAGGACUUCUACAAUCUAACCGUGCUGAGCCGCAAUGGAACAGGACUCAGCGAGGAGACGCUGACACUCAUGUAUUCACUCACAGUGUCCGUGUUUGCCAUCGGUGGUCUGCUUGGUUCUCUCAUUGUGGGAGUGCUGGUCACUCGCUUUGGCAGGAAAGGCACGGUUGUAAACACAACAAUGCUGGUUUUUAUUGCUGGCUCACUCAUGGGCUUCAGCAGAAGUUGCGGUUCACCUGAGAUGGUCAUACUGGGUCGUUUCAUCACAGGAAUCCACUCAGGUAUUUCUUUAAGUGUAGUUCCAAUGUACCUGGGUGAGAUCGCGCCCAAGAACCUCAGGGGCUUUUUGGGGCUGGUGCCAAGUAUCUUUAUCGGCACAGGAGUUUUCGCCGCCCAAAUCCUCGGAUUACAUGAACUUUUAGGAAAGGAGGAAUACUGGCCUCUGUUCCUUUCUGUGGUGGUUUUACCAACAUUUAUCCAGUUGAUACUGUUGCCAUGGUUCCCAGAGAGCCCCAGGUACCUGCUGAUUGAGAAGCACAAUGUCCACGCUACCAUCACAGCUCUGAAGUGGUACAGGGCCAGUUGUAACAUCCAGGCUGAGAUUGAGGAGAUGCAAGAAGAGCAGCGCUCCUUGUCGUCUGUGGAAACGCUGUCAGUGUGGAAUCUACUUCUUGACGAUACAGUUCGAUGGCAGAUCCUCACUGUGGUGGUCAUCAACAUCGGCAUGCAGCUGUCUGGCAUUGAUGCUAUCUGGUUUUACACCAACGACAUAUUUAAGAACGCAGGAAUCCCUGAGCCAGAGAUCCCGUACACGACGGCAGGAACCGGAAUAAUCGAGAUCAUUGCUGGACUCAUUGGGUGUUUCACCAUCGAGAAGCUGGGCAGGAAGCCUCUUAUGAUUGGCGGUUUCACUAUGAUGGGUGUCUGCAGUGCUGGGAUAACUUUUGCCUUACUUUUACAGACUCAGCUGCCUUUCAUGCGCUAUAUCAGUGUUGGCUGUGUGGUUGGCAUCAUCGCUGGCUUCUGUAUCGGCCCAGCUGGGGUUCCCUUCUUGGUCACAGCAGAGCUCUUUAAACAGUCCCACCGUCCAGCAGCCUACAUAGUGGGAGGAUCCCUCAACUGGCUGUCCAACUUCACUGUGGGAUUUGUUUUCCCCUUCUUACAGAUGUCAGCUGGGUCUUACUGCUACUUGGUAUUCGCCAGCAUUUGUCUGUCUGUGGCCGUCUACGUCUAUGCCGUCAUACCCGAAACCAAAAACAAGACUUUCAUGGAGAUCAGCCGCUUGUUCUCCAAGAAAGAACCUGUUCUGGAGACCCAGUGCCUUCUUCUUGUGGAUCAGAUGAAACUGAAGAAGAUGAACGGCUAUGGAGUGCUCAAAGCUGCUCCUUUGGAGUUUGACAGCUCUUCCUCGUCACCUUAACAAAUGUUCCGGUGUUUGCUCCAAUCCAAACUACUAGAGUGCUCAUCAAUCUCCAUACUGUAUUUGUUUCAAGCUGGAGGUUUCUUUCGCAUAUCCACUCAGGUUCAAAACAUUGCUGAAAGUACUCUAUGCUAUCUACUACUGGUGUGCGUAAACCUCAGACCCUUGUAAUCCACUUAAGGAUAAAGUAAGAGUUGCAUUCAAACUAAGGAUGGCCCGAUGUCCAAUUGUAUAUCUGCCGAUACCGAUACCAGUCUAAUACUUUAUUUUAUCUUUUCUUGUGAUAGUAAUAUUUGUAUGCAUGUAGAAAUGUUCAAACUGCAACCAAUAUUCUGCUCGCGCAAAGGAAGACAUUCAAUUUAAAUUCAAUUAGUACCGUAUUUUCCGGACUAUAAUUCGCACUUUUUUGCAUGGUUUGGCUGGUCCUGUGACUUAUACUCCGGAGUGACUUAUAUAUGUUGUUUUUCACACUGACAGCCACGAGAGGGUGCUCUAGGCUUGUGUGCCGGUGUCUGCUACUCCUAUCACCUACUCCUAUCCUGUACCACUGAACAUUUACAAUGCAAACAUCAACUUAUAAAGAGAAAGACGGAACACAAAUGACCCCCCAAAAAAAAUCAGAUUCUGCAGAUUACAAGCUGCAAGUAAACAAGUUAUGUUAUGUUGUUUAGGCUGUAGUUAUCUGAAUAACCGUGAAUAUGCUUCGUUAACAUACCACCUAUUCGCAUUACGUUAUCAGAUGCCUACUUAGCCUGUUGUUCUCCAUUUUAUUAUUCCUCUAACUUGCCUUUCAAGAUGAAAUGUCUGUUCUUGGUUUCUGAUUUUAUAAAAUAAAUUACCCCCAAAAAUGUGACUUAUAAUCCAGUGCGACUUACUCAGUUUUUUUUUUCUUAUUCAUUGUGCAUUUUUUGGCCGUUGCGACUUAUACUCCGGAGCGACUUAUAGUCCGGGAAACAUGGUAAUGGUAUUAAAUGUCUUUAUAUUUAUCAAAUUAAAUAAAACAACCCAAGCUGUGCAAUUAUGCCACAAUGCGUAUACACUAGGUCCCAACUUAUGAGCAUUCGACUUGCGAACAUUCGGGGAUACGAACGCAAGCUGACUGGUCUAUAUUUUCAUGUAUUUUGCCUUGUAGUAACUCCAUAUUUAUACUGCUACAUGCUUGACCAGUAGAGGGCACUGUGACAAUGCUAAUGGGACCAACAGGUAGAGGAAGAAGGUGGGGAGAGAGUGUAAAGGAGAAAUGUAAAGCUACAUUGUAGCUGUAUGAUGCAACCCAGGCAGAGCGUGUGAUUAAAGUUUAUGAAGAGUUAAUAGGCCUGCUUAAUUCUACACCACCCACAGAACACUACCUCUUUUAGAAGAGUCUAACGAAGACGACCAGUUGUCCUUUUUUUCAAUAUCUCCUCCUCCUUCUCCACCACAACGACGUAUGCUCGACCACUCCUCUUCAAAGGUAAAUAACAUUUAUCAUUACGUAUUAUUAUAUCACUUUUAUUAUUGUUUUUUCAUUAAUAAUCCUCGUUUAAUAUUACUACUGCAUCCAAACUCAUAUUUACAUCUAUACACAUAUACUGUAUAUGUAUACACAUACAUGUAGUACCUAUAUCAUUGGUAAUAUUACCUUUUGUUGGACUUACGAACAAAUCGACUUGCGAACGGUCGUCUGGAACCAAUUGUGUUCGUUAGUUGGGGACCUGGUGUACUGUGUAUUGUAAACACACAUACAGUAGCUUUUAAUAGCAUUUUUGAUUGGCCACCAGACCCAGCAGCACCUUUCAAAGAUUCAAAAUAAGUGGAUGAAAACGGAAUUGUAAUUCCAGUGUACAGUGAGGUACUUCACGCACAAUGCGGCCUAUAUUAUACCUGAAUGACAAAGCAAAAAUAACAUAACUUAACAAACAAAUAAUAGUAUACUGUAUAUCUGUUUGAGCACAACACCUGCCUACGUAAGUCUGCUCCUCCUGUCAUGCAUAAUAAAAAUAGAUAUGAAUAUAAUGGAGGCAGUGCUUAAUGACUGUUUCCUUUUUAGCACUGGUUGAGUGGAACAACUCUGCAUACACGCAGACGUGACAGUGGCGCUAGGCUAAUUGACUUACGCUAACAACUGCGUCAGCUAACUACCAUGCUGCAAUGCGUUACAGGCGCUUCAUCUACGGAACGUUAUGCGACGUUAAAUUGAACAUUUACGUGAUAGUUUGGGCUGUUGCAUCGGCUCGCAGAGGUUCUACGAUUUCUUUACGAUAUCCAGUACAGUAAAUUUGGCCAUUACGGGGCCGAUACCGAUCCUGGGUGUCGUAUUGGGCCAUCCCUAGUUGAAACAUCAGUAAAGUGUAAGUGUGUUGUGAAUGACAGGAAGCCAAUGAUGACAACAAACAGUUUACACAUGUCAGCAAUCCAAACCAAAUGAUUGUAAACUGCCGUUGUAGCGGCACAUACCCCACGUGUGGAUGAUAUCCAUAUGUAUUGACAAUAUCAAUUUGUGUGGAUGAUAUCCAUAUGUAUCGACUGACUCUGCAAAUGAAUUGCUUGUCUGACAAUGGGUGUGUGCAAUUGAAAUGCAGUUGAUAUCAAUUAGAUCACAUUCAAGUAGUAACUUUUUUAAGUAUUGCUUAUUUUAUCAAAGGGAUAGUUUGGAUUGGUUGACAUGAAGUUGUAUGACAUUCCCAUCAGCAGUGUAGCGCAUCAACAGGGAUUUACCCCCCAAUUGGUCCCCUAAGUCCAGUUCUGGUCGGAUUUUGGUGAUAAGGAACGUAGUUCCUCUUUUGAACACGUAUUGUUUUGAGACUUAGGGGACCAAUUUGGUGGGGAGGGGGAAGUCACUGUUGAUGCACGACACUGCCGAUGGCGAUGUCAUACAACUUCAUGUCAAAAAAUCCAAACUAUCCCUUUCAGGUAAUUAUCUGUAUUUUCAGUGUUAUAUAAUGUAAAGUCAUAUUACUUAAUGAGCUCAUUUGUGACUGAAUAUAAGUACACUAUAUACAAUAUAUACACUUUAUCAUUAUGAGUACUUGUA